AUGACAGCUACAGCUGCUUCAACAUUAGUGCAACCGGCAUCUUAUAACACAUCGCAAACGCCUUCUUUACACCAUUUAAUUAUUGAUCCCCAUUCAUCCGGUCACGUUCAACAACAACAAACGCAACAGCAACAUUCAACAACAAUAACAAAUAUGGCCUUAACAGCUGAACGUGAAGCCUAUUUACGGCUGGCAGCACAUUCAAUGGAACGUUCUGAACAGAUUGCACCGCAUUUUAAUAUUCGUUCGCCUAAAGCUUACGGUGGUUAUGUUCCUCCAUCUCAUGUUCUCUAUGAUCAAUCCCGAGCAACCUAUAUGAAUGGACAUCAACAAAUAGUUAAUCAUAGUUUAUCACCAUCUUCAUCGUCACCUCAUCAAACCCAGCAACAUCUCAGUGAUACAAAUUUGUAUAUAAAAAAUUUACCACCUGAUUAUUCUGAUCAAGAUCUUGCUAAACUUGUGGAAGGUUGUGGUAAAGUUAAAUCAAUGAAAGCAAUAAUUGAUAAACAAACAAAUAAAUGUAAAGGUUUUGGUUUUAUUGAUUUCGAAUCUAAUGAAGAUGCUCAAUUGGCGAUCGCUCAAUUACAAAAAAAGGGAUUUACUGCCCAAUUAGCUAAAUCUUCACAGCAACAAGAACAAGAUACAACUAAUUUAUAUUUUGCUAAUUUGGAUCCUCAAAUGUCAGAACAAGAUUUAAGACAAGAACUUAGUCAAUACGGUGCAGUUGUUAGCGUACGUAUUUUACGUGAUCAACAAAAACAGUCACGCGGUGUUGGUUUUGCACGUAUGAAUGAUAGAGAACAAUGUCAAGCUAUUAUUAAUCGAUUCCAUAAUCAGAGUUUUCCAGAUUUUCCUGAUAAAAGCGUACAUGUAAAAUUUGCCGAUGCUAGUAAUAAAAAUAAGAAAUUAUAUAAGACAGGUUUAGAUGAUAUGAAAAGUGGUCAUCCAUUGUAUCCCAUGGAUCAAACUGUUUCUUAUCAAUCACCGACUGUAGUAUUUCCUACUUGGUCACCAAUGUCAGCACAACAAAUGAUGUCUCAACAAAAUCCUCAACAACAACAACAAGCACCACCAUCCAUGGUACCCGGUCCACCACCACAUGGAACACAUCCAGCUCAUCAUCAAAUGUAUGCUCAAGCAGCACCACUUCGACCGCCAAUAGGCGUUUUUAAUCCAGCUAUUCCGUCCUUUAUGCCAUUAUCACAUGGACCAGGACCAGAAAAUGGUCAAGCAUACGUAGUACCGAUGCAACAAUUACAGCAAUUACAAAUAGCUAAUGGUCAUCCAGGUGCAUUCUGCUUACUUAAUCCAGCACAUCAUCAUGGGCAUCCUCAUGCAACACUUUAUAUGCCAGCGCCUCAACAAGCAGUCGCAGCUCAGCCUCAACAACAGUCCGCACCACAGCCACAACAAAAUGAUCCAUCACUUGUUUCUUCACAAGAUCUGUCAUAG